AUGAUGAUACUGGGAGACCAGUGCAAUAUCCAUUUAAUGUUUUUCGAAAGAUUCGGUGAUGCUUUUAGGUCUCCAACGAAUCAGCCUUUGAAUAUGGCAUCACUGCUGAUAUUCUCUCGAUGUUGCGAGGAGCUGGCGGGAGAAUCGUAUAGAGGUGAUCUGGAGCCUGCAUCUCCUCAAGAUAGGAGGAAGAUCCAUUUCCUAGUUGUAUAUGCGGUCGCAAGACACGAACCUUACUCUAUAUUGAAGGUGACGCAAGACACCACCGCUAAUGAGGCUAUAGCUCAGUGCCUAACGAAAGCGGGCGUGUGCCGUUCCUCCCGCGGCAACUACGUGUUGGUGGAGGAGGUGCCGUCGCGCGCGCCCACGCAGCGCGUGCUGGCGCCGCACGAGCGCGUGCUGCGCGUGGCCGCCGCGCGCCCCCCGCACCCCGGCGCCCGCCUGCUGCUCAAGCGGGUCGGGGACGAUCCCAGCAGCAGAGCAUGGCUCACUAGCAUCAGAUCAACAUCAACAGAUCGGUCUCGAGAUCGCUCGGUCCCCUCGGACGAGGAGUCCAGCACUCAAGAUGACGAGCCGCGUCGGCCGCCGGACAGCUUCCUGGUGUGCGUCCACAACGUCUCCCACGAGAUACCGUACGCGAUCUUGAAGGUACCACUGAGUGCUACAGCGUCUUAUGUCGUCUACCAAGCACUGACGAAAGCGAGAUGCCACGAUGACCCAAAAAGAUUCGUGUUAGUGGAGGAGCUGGAGUGGGGAGGACGCGCUGGCGCAGGACCACAACAGCGAGCGCUGGCGGACGACGAGGUCGUUUAUACAGCGCAGGCGAGCUGGAAGACACUGGGUAGAUUCGUGUUACAAGAGAAGGGCAGUUCUGCUCCUAUACCACGUCACCGAGCGGCCAUCGCGCGCAUACAACGGGGCCUCAGCAUGACACGAGGCGCCAUCACAGGUACGAUCAUGGAGCAAUGCUAAUAAAUAGAUAAAUAAAUAGAUAGAAAAUAUGUAACCAAAAUUUGCUAAAAUACAUACGACAUUAAAUAAGUUACAUAAAAGGUUACAACUUCCAUUAUAACAACUUUAAGCAUACGCACAAAUAACAAAGAGCCCGAGAUAAUACAUUUUUGGUCACCAUCCUAUGACCGGUCAUUGCGAAAAUUGCUUAACAACCGUAUCGAUAAUAAACUGAUGAUGAUGUUAAUUCUACAGGUGGAUCGCCGUUCCCUCUCGGAGGUGUUAUCAGCUCCGAAACUCCUGACGGGAAACCACCAAUACAGUCGGCGUACAGCGACCCGAGUCAAUGCAGGCAAAGGCGUCGGUAGAGCAAAAGGUCACUCUGACAAAGACAUGAGAGCUUAUAUGCAGAAGAGAGCCGCGGCCAGAGAGGUUUUCCGCCGGCUAGGCAACAGAUUAGCCAACCACCGAGCCUCUCUGUCAUCGGAACUAGGCUCCCUAUGGGACUUCAUCAGGAUAGAUAAGGACAGACGACGUUCCGCUCCCGCCGGCACCGGCACCUACGAGCCCAUCCACUCCGACGCCAAAUCCCCGGUAAGACUAGCGAGAGACCUCCUCCAAGUUGUUCAAGAGACUGUCUUAAAGAAAUUCGAUGAAGUACCGAAGAGAUGUCCACUUGUCAAAGAAGAAUCUGACUUAACGAGUUCAGACGACGAAGAGGGCGAUAAAAGAAUAGCAAACCUCAUAGAUUUCUUCUUCACGAUUGUCAAAAGUCAGAAAGACGAGAGGAAAGGUAGCGGUGGUAGUUGCUUCAAAAGCGAUAGUAGUCCGACGGAAAAUAAAUUAGAAACUUACGUACCUACUAAGGUGAAUACUGAAUUGGAACAAAAAAUGGAGACUCUCAUCGAGUUUUUAGCUUCUUCUGGUUGUAUGGAUAAAGAAGAUACAGCUAACAAAGAAGAUAAGAAAAUCACUCUAAUGGAAUUCUUAUUCGGACCCGAGGAAGGGCAAUGGAUUGAUAAACCCAUAAUUGAAAUCAGAACCGAACCAGACUAUAAAGGGAUCAGCCUUUCUGAAUCCAAUAUUAACGUUAAAGGUUUAUCUUAUAUAGACGAGACGCCUGAAGAAGAAGGCAAUGAAACUCUAGUCGAAAUGCUCAUAAAAUAUAUGGAAAACUAUAGUAGUAAGGAUAAGACAUUCCAAAAUAAAUCUAUAUCUAUAACACCAUCUUUGUCCGAGAAAUCCAAGUCAGAUGUGACUAUAAGUAAAUUGGAAACGUUUAGUGAUAUGAAUAAAACAAAAUCGGAUUCAACAUUAACGCAAACCCAAGACACUGUUAUCGACAGAGGUGAUGAUAGAUCUGACAGGUCUUGCAGUAGAAGAAUAUCUGAGACUGUUAUAGAUUUGAGCCAUGUUAAAGGCGAUUUGGAAGAUAUUUUCGAUGAAGCUUUAAACAAAGUGUAUCAUAUUUGUAAUAUUGUUAUAGAAGACGAUACUAUGACAGACCAAGAAGACAUGGAAAACUUUACUGCUUAUACUAAACCGCCUAUUUUGCAGUACAUCCAAUAUUUACCAUAUAGCGUUGAAUUAUCAGAUAUUAUGGAAGAAGAUGAGCCAUCGUCAAGAGGAUUGGAUAGAAAAAUGUCCGGUGAUGAAAGAUUGGCACACGCCAAACAAUGCGCUGAAGAUUUAAUCAGCUACAUAGAAACGAAAAUCGAUGAGCAUUUCUAUGAUGACGCUUCUUCUGAAGAUAGUAGAGAGUUCGAUAUCAGUUCCAGUCUGAAAAGGAAUUCUAUAAGUCUCAUCGAUCUAAGAAAUAUACCAGAUUUACCGCCUAGUAUGAUUAUAAAACCUAAGGUGGUCAAAAUAGACAGGUCCACUUCUACAACAGAAAUAUCCGAGUCUAUAUCUGAUUUAUCUAAAAGGAUAGAUUCCGCUUGCAUGACUGAAGAUACCACAUUGUCUUCAAGCACAGAAAGAAGUGAAAGAGCAUUAGAUAAAAUUGAAUCUUUACAUAGGUUUUUUUCUAAGUCACGCUUGGAAAUAAUUGAUGAAACAUUCGAAGGUCAUGCUGAGAAAAUUAAGAGUCCAAAAAAGUGUUACGACACUGAAUUUAGUGAUACAAGAAAUGAUGAGAAAGCAGGUCAAGCUAGCUUGGAUGAUGUGGAAGACUUGCAAGAUGACAAUGACUCCGAUAGGAAUGGUAAUGACACUCAAAUGACUGAGACUAUCGUUAUACAAGAUGACGAAAAUGAUGUCUCAGACAAAUGCUGUUAGAACUAAUGAUAUGAACAUAAUAUAACACUUAACAGACAAUAUAGUUUAAGAUGCAGUUUGAUGUCGAUAUUUUGAAAAUUUUAAUGUUAAUUUAUUUAGUAUGUAAUUUAAUGUAUGGAGAAAUUG